UUCCUUUGACUCUUCUCUACCCCUUCUCUCUCUCUCUCUAAAUUACUUCACCUCUACCACAAAAAAACAACAUCACCGAGAAAGAAACCACACUCAUCGACCUCUAUCUCUCUUUGAUCUCUCAUGGGCACAACAAUCCAGCACCAUCGCCACCAUUUUCUCAACAUAAAAAGGAUCGUUACUUAUUUUCUCUACGCUCUCAUCCCCUUAGCUCUCCUCCAUUACUUCCUCUUCUCUCUCUCCACAUGCCAUUCCCCUCCACCUCACCCCAACAACACCGUCCCCCCCUCCCCCCCUUCCUCUCAAGCAGGCGGUGGUAGAGUAGUAGUAGUGGAGCAUGGAGGGCAGCGGUGCGACUAUUCGGACGGGCGGUGGGUGUUCGAGCCGCGCGGGCCGCUCUACAACGGGACGAGCUGCAGCACCAUCAAGGACGGGCAGAACUGCAUGGCGCACGGCCGGCCCGACACCGGCUACCUCCGCUGGCGGUGGCAGCCGGCGCAGUGCGACCUGCCGGCCUUCGACCCUUCGUCGUUCCUCCGCCUGAUCCGCAACAAGCACGUGGCGUUCGUCGGCGACUCGAUGGCCCGCAACCAGGCCGAGUCCCUCCUCUGCCUCCUCGCCACGUCGGAGCCUCCCGACCUCGUCUACCGAGGCAGCAGCAGCAGCAACAGCAGCGACGGCGACGGCGAAGGCGACGGCGACGGCGACAGCAGCAGCAAGUUCCGGCGAUGGGUCUUCCCGGCGCACAACGCGACGGUGUCGAUCUUCUGGUCGCCGUUCCUGGUGAAGGCGAUGGAAAAGCAGGAGGCGAGGGGCGUGCGCCACAACAGGGUGUUCCUGGACGCGUUCGACGAGCGGUGGACGUCGAGUUUGGGUCGGACGGACGCGGUCGUCCUCUCCGUCGGGCACUGGUUCCUGCUCCCGGGGAUAUACCGCGAAAACGACGAGAUCGUGGGGUGCCACUACUGCCCCGAGCUCAACCACACCGACACCGGGUUCUUCGACGUGUUCCGGAAGGCGAUUCGGAGGGCUCUUCGGGAGGUCGUGGACGCAGAGAAGGAGAAGGUGGUGGCGGCGACGACGUUCUCGCCGGCGCACUUCGAGGGGGAGUGGGACAAGGCGGGGGCGUGCCCGAAGAAGGAUCCGUACAGGGAGGGGGAGAAGGUGAUGCAGUACAUGGAUAACGAGAUGCGGAGGAUAGUGCUGGAAGAAGUAGCGGCAGCAGCAGCAGCAGCAGGCGAUGGGGGGGUGAGGUUCGAGGCGCUGGACGUGACGAAAUUGGCGAUGAUGCGGCCGGACGGGCACCCCGGGCCGUACAUGUAUGCGAAUCCGUUCGCGGGCGGAGGGGGAGGGGGAGAGGGGGAGGAGAUGAGGGUGCAGAAUGACUGCGUGCAUUGGUGCUUGCCCGGGCCGGUCGACACGUUCAAUGAGAUUUUGCUGCAGCUGAUGAUGAGGGGAAGGUAAAUAGGUAAUGCUAAUGCAAGCAGUAGAUAGUGUUACAAGUUUGUUUGUUUGUUUGUUUGUUUGUUUUGAGAGAUGUGUUACAAGUUUGUUACUGGAUUCAUUGGUUGAUAGUUAAAUUUUACUUCAUUGAGUCUCAUUAAUUA